AUGAAGUUCUUCACUACACUUGUUAUCUUGUUUCUGUUUCUUUCAUUUGGAAAUCGAGUGGUAAUGGGACAGAGCUCAGAGUGUGAGCAACCUUUUCCUUUGCCUGGGUGCAAUCAAGAUGAUUGCAACAAUCUUUGCAUUAAGAAAAUCGGGAAAACUGGGAAAUUUCGAACUCCAGUUUAUGGGGUUUGCUUCAAGACCAACACUAUGGAUUUAAUUGUCAAGAGAAAGCGACAUGGCUUCUCUAAUAUAAGCUAUGGAGUCUCAGAUGGCAAUGGAAAUCUCUUCCUCCAUGUCGAUGGCUCCUACAUGACCCUUUACCGGAAACGAGUCAUACGUAACUCUGCCGGAUUCCCCAUCCUUACAAUUCGUGAAAAGGCAAUCACCGGUAAAAAAUGGAUAGUUCAUAGAGGUGAAAGUUCAGAGAGAAGUCAACUUCUUCUCACCGUGCAGCGAUCGCGAAUUCAACCAAUGAAAACUAGUCUUGAAGUGUUCUUAGCAGGAAACACAGAUAAAGAUAUCAGCAACUUCCUGGUUGUUGCUUCCAAUUAUCCAUCUCAGUAUAUAAGAGUUUAUAAAGGAGAUACUAUUACUGCUGAGGUAAAUUGGCUUAUUUUUUUUUUACCAUGUUUUACGAAUUAA